UUUUUUUUUUUGCUUCCCGUUUCCACCAUGUCUUCUUCUUCUUCCUUAUCCUCUAGAUUUUGCUUCAACCGCGAAUGCUCUGAGUUCAAACUCGAGCAUUACCGGCCUGGUUGGCGUCUCCAAACCGGCGAUUUCGCCGACCUCUGUCAUCGUUGCGCCUCUGCUUAUGAACAAGGAAAGUUUUGUGACAUUUUUCACCAACGGGCUUCCGGAUGGAGGUGUUGUGAGUCAUGUGGAAAGCGAAUUCAUUGUGGUUGUAUUGUUUCUGCAUCUGCUUUUAUGUUGCUGGAUGUUGGAGGGAUUGAGUGCUUGGCUUGCGCAAGAAAAAAAGUUGCUUUGGGACCCAAUUAUCUGCCACAACUGCCCAUUUUCUUCCAAUCUCCCAUUGCUGAAAAAUUCAAGGACUUGUCGAUCAAUUGGAAUUCUUCAACCGGGUCAAAUCAGAUAAGCUGCCGGCCUCCUAGUUUCUUAGGUCAAUCGGUUCUGCAGUUUGAUUUGCAUAAUCGUGGAGAUAGUUAUGAAUUUAGUCGACCUACUUCUAAAGAUAGGGCUACUGCAUGUUCCAUCGAGAAAAAAUGGGGAAUGAAUGACUUGAUGGGGAAAUUAAUGAGUGAAAAGUCGAAAAGUCACACAAGCGACAUACUUAAUAAUCAGAAUGCAGGACCUAAUUGUGAAGUACUUCCUUCUUCAAACGUCAAUGUAUAUCGUCCACUGAUCUCAUUAAAGGAGGGGCCAUGUGGAACACAGCUUGCCUAUCCUGUGCCACUUACAACACCAAUUGAGACAAAUGUUCACUCGAGACUGAAUGGAAGGAGCUUAUGGCAUACACCUAAAUCUUCUUCACUGAAUUUCUUACGCAAUGACUUGAAUGGUGGAGCAGACUCGCUAUGUUCGUUGACUCAUCUUGAUACGCCAGGAAAAUAUCAGGUGGUUCCACGAUAUUGGCCUAAGGUUUCAUAUAAAAAUCAAGUUCCGCAGAAUCUCUCCAAAGAAUCUGAAUCCGUUGUCAUUCCUCUCUUUGAGAAGAUGCUGAGUGCAAGUGAUACUGGACGAGUUGGGCGAUUGGUGCUGCCAAAGAAGUAUGCAGAGGCUUUCUUGCCCCGACUUUCCAACACCGAAGGUGUGCCUCUUAAAGUACAGGACUCAAUGGGUAAAGUGUGGACAUUUCAGUUUCGCUUUUGGCCCAGCAACAAUAGCAGAAUAUAUGUUCUAGAGGGAGUAACUCCAUGCAUACAGAGCAUGCAGCUGCAGGCUGGUGAUACAGUCAUAUUUAGUCGAGUAGAUCCAGAAAGGAAGUUAAUCAUGGGAUUCAGAAAGGCUUCGGUUGCUCAAUCGGCUGAUCAGGAAACUGACUCAACGAAUAACAAUCGUGACAGUUGCACAAAUGGAGAUCAGGGUGAAUCGAUUGAUAAUCAUUCACCAUCUAGAGCUAAGAAGUCCGCGUACAAAGCUAAAGAAACUCCAGGAGUAGGAUUUUCUUCCCGAAAGAAGAAAAGCAGCAUGAUGAUUACAAGAAGCAAACGUCAAAAAGUUGAAAAGGGAGACCACACUGAGCUGAAGCUAACAUGGGAAGAAGCUCAAGGAUUUAUCUUGCCUCCUCCCAGCCUCACUCCAUCUAUUAUUAAGAUAGAGGGUUUUGAGUUUGAGGAGUAUAAGGAUGCUCCAAUCAUCGGGAAGCCAACUACAGGAUCAACAUGCUCUGCAAAUAAAAAACUCUUGGCUGAACAGUACGACGAGGAAGCCAUGGAAGAAACUGAAGGACUCAUGAUGUCACCUAAAGAAACAACGAAGCACCCACGGCAUAGAAGGGGCUGCACUUGCAUCGUUUGUAUACAAUCCCCAAGUGGGACAAGUCCCAAACACGACAACUGCUGUUCUUGCACGGUCUGCGAUGCAGUAAAACGCCGUAGGCGUUCUCUGUUGCUAGGGAGGAAGAAUAAGCAGAUAGAGAAAGAAAACAAAGCACAGAAGGAGCUGGAGUCACUGAACUCUGACGAGGAACUUCACCAAUCUGCUAACAACAGUGGAACCACCAGUAAGAGCCAUGAGCAUGAUGCUUCGCCUCAGAAAGGCCAAAUAGACUUGAAUUUUCAACCAGAGAAAGAGGAAGAAUCCCUGCAUAAAACUACCAAGGACAAGUCCCUACAUCAUGAUGACACUAGCUUCAAGCCAUCAAGCUCAUCAAGUGCACAUAGCCAAAUUGAAAAGCAAGAUGAAGGAAAACUCAAGACAAACACAGAAGUUGCAGACACCACCAAAAGCCCCAUGUAGAUUUUGCAGACUAGUGUUGCUGCAAGGUGAAUAGAUUAUGAUGGCAGAAACCCAGAAAGCUUCUAAUAAUUACCUCUUUAACCCCACAGGCAUUGCGCAUUUUGUAGAUAAAGGGCGGUUUAAAUACUUGCUGAUGAAAGCUCUUCACUUUUUUGAACUCUAGCUAAUGCAAUGGGUAAUUUAAUUUUC